CGCCAGGGCAAGCCUCUGUCCUCUAGGAGCGGGCGCGCGAUAGAGAUCCCUAGGGAAACUCCUCGGAGUGAACGAUCUGGUCUCCCUACGGGGCGCCGAGUCCCGCAGAAAUGAUGCAUGGGCUUCGGCCCUGUCCUCUCUGAGGCCAGCGACCGCUGCCCUCUUUGGUGGCCCCGGAGCCCAAGUUGGACCUUCAAGUUGGGUCAGUCCUCCUGUCCUAGCCUCCUGAGUUCUGUGAUUACAGCUCUGCUGUUUUCCUCCGUGUCCUCUGGGUUUUCCUCUGCCGUGCCUCUUGUGUUGAAGUUCCACAUCUAUGAUAUAUGACCACAUAACGAAGACUAUUGAAAUAUGGGAUGUAUAAAAUCAAAAAGGAAAGACAAUCUGAAUGACGAUGGAAUAGAUUUGAAGACUCAACCAGUACGUAAUACUGACCGAACUAUUUAUGUGAGAGAUCCAACGUCCAAUAAACAGCAAAGGCCAAUUCCAGAAUCUCAGCUUUUACCAGGACAGAGGUUUCAAGCGAAAGAUCCGGAGGAGCAAGGAGACAUUGUGGUGGCCUUGUAUCCAUAUGAUGGCAUCCACCCAGAUGACUUGUCUUUCAAGAAGGGAGAAAAGAUGAAGGUCCUGGAGGAGCAUGGAGAAUGGUGGAAAGCUAAGUCUCUUUCAACCAAGAGAGAAGGCUUCAUCCCUAGCAACUACGUGGCCAAGGUCAACACCUUAGAAACAGAAGAGUGGUUUUUCAAGGAUAUAACCAGGAAAGAUGCAGAACGACAGCUCCUGGCACCAGGGAACAGUGCAGGAGCUUUUCUCAUCCGAGAAAGUGAAACAUUAAAAGGAAGCUUCUCUCUGUCUGUCAGAGAUUAUGAUCCUGUGCAUGGCGAUGUUAUUAAGCACUACAAAAUUCGGAGUCUGGACAAUGGGGGCUAUUACAUCUCUCCACGAAUUACUUUUUCUUGUAUCAGUCACAUGAUUAAGCAUUACCAAAAGCAGGCAGAUGGCUUGUGCAGAAGAUUGGAGAAGGCAUGUAUUAGUCCCAAACCGCAGAAGCCGUGGGACAAAGAUGCCUGGGAAAUCCCUCGGGAGUCCAUUAAGCUGGUGAAAAAGCUUGGUGCUGGACAGUUUGGGGAAGUCUGGAUGGGUUACUACAACAACAGCACGAAGGUUGCUGUGAAGACCCUGAAGCCAGGCACCAUGUCCGUGCAAGCCUUCCUCGAGGAAGCCAACCUCAUGAAGACGCUGCAGCAUGACAAGCUAGUGAGACUGUACGCCGUGGUCACUAAGGAAGAGCCCAUCUACAUCAUCACUGAGUACAUGGCCAAGGGCAGUUUGCUAGAUUUCCUCAAGAGUGAUGAAGGAGGCAAAGUGCUGCUCCCGAAGCUCAUUGACUUUUCUGCUCAGAUUGCAGAGGGCAUGGCCUACAUUGAGCGUAAGAACUACAUUCACCGCGACCUGCGAGCAGCUAAUGUCCUGGUCUCCGAAUCACUCAUGUGCAAGAUUGCAGAUUUUGGCCUUGCUAGAGUAAUUGAAGACAAUGAGUACACAGCAAGGGAAGGUGCUAAGUUCCCUAUUAAAUGGACAGCUCCAGAAGCAAUCAAUUUUGGAUGUUUCACUAUCAAGUCUGAUGUGUGGUCCUUUGGAAUUCUCCUGUAUGAAAUUGUCACCUAUGGAAAGAUUCCCUAUCCAGGGAGAACCAAUGCAGAUGUAAUGACUGCACUGUCCCAGGGCUACCGGAUGCCCCGCAUGGAGAACUGCCCAGAUGAGCUCUAUGAUAUCAUGAAAAUGUGCUGGAAGGAAAAAGCAGAGGAGAGGCCAACAUUUGAUUACCUGCAGAGUGUCCUGGAUGACUUCUACACUGCCACAGAGGGUCAGUAUCAGCAACAGCCAUAGUGUGCUGGGAGACUUGUCCAUCCAACAGAGAUGAUUGCCUCACUGGAGGAAAAAAGUAGCCAUCUAGUUAACUAUGUGCUGCACCAUCUGCCACAUCUGGUUCCUGAAAUUAGAGGCUACCUUUCUCAGGAAGAACACCCUGGCCACAGGAAAGUACUCUGUUCUCUUAGACUGAUGUCCAUCAAAAUGCAGCCUGGAUUGCACCUCAGCUGAUCAUCUUGCUUUGUGUGACCAACAUCAAAAUACAACCUCUUAAGAAAACACACAUUCUCUCCAAAUAUGUACCCACCCUGGCCUAGUGUUCACAACUAAAUGUGUCUCGAAGGUUCACAGACUGUUGCCACAAAUCUACAAUAAUAGCCAAAUUUAACUCAUUUAAAAAGCGAAAUAACCAGAUGCAUAGCGUGACACUGCAUUUUCUCUAUGCUUUGGCUUACUUUAAAAAGAAGUACUAACCCAACCUGUUAGAUUUUACAGGUGAGAUCAGCAGCUUCAAAUUGCCUUUCUCAGAUCGCAGUAUUUCUGUUUUAGGGGUUUUAUUUACCACCCGUCGAAAUCUAAGAUGAUUAAACAUUGUCCUGGAGCAGCUGGUCAGAUUCACUGCGCAGGCCACAGCCUAACAUGUGCGCCCCCUGCAGGACCAUCGUUCCUGGUGCGGGACUGUUGAGUUGCGGCUGGAAGUGGCGCCUGGGCUGCCCUCACCUCCCAGGAAUGGAGAGCCUGGGAACUGCUCUGCCUUAAGGAGGAGGAGUAUUUGUAACUGUCUAACCUUUUUAAUUCCACAAUUUCCUAGAUAAAGACUUUUUUUACAGUGUCAUUAGGAAAAACAGUAAGAGUCUAAUCUCUGCCGACCCAGCCUUAUACGGCUUUUUCUAAAACAAGCAUUUCCUUUUGCUUCAAAUGAUUUGAACAUUAUUUUAAGGAUCAAAUAUUAAUUUUAAGUAUACUCUAAAAAGUAAAAAUGCCAUAUUUGAGGCUAUUUUUGUGAUUCAGCAAUCUUUUCUAAAUUGUAUGAGAUUUGUGUGAGACUAUUUAUACCCAAGGUAUAAAGAAAAUAAAAUCAGGCGGCUCCUGUGAGUUGCUGUGGUAAGAGUUGAGAGGUUUGGUUGGCUGGGUUUUAUAUUGUAAGGUUUGAAUGGAAACUGCUGUGUCCUAUCAUUUCACUCUUUUUGUUGUGUGUAUACCUAAUAAUUUUAUUUUUAUUUUAUUUUAAUAUAUGUGGCCCAAUAACACCCCAGGCUUUUUUUUUUCGCUUGUGUUUAACAUUUCCAACUAUUGACAAUGUGAAAAAAAAUUACCAGUUGGUGGGAAGGGAUGAGAAGGAUUCCUUUUAGUUCCAUGGUAUAAAUUUGAGAAGUUCUACCUCCAUCCUUUGAGUGUUUUGGACUGGAGAACUGAGGAACUGAUGACUUUGAUACCUGAACAUCCCUCAGUGGGGGCCAGAUAGGAUUUUUAGGUUUUUGUUUUGUUUUGAGACAGUAUCUCACUGUGUAGUCCAGGCUGACCUUGAAG